AUGGCGAUGCUGAGAGUAUCGGGACGCUGGCUGCUGUCGAACGACAGCUACGUGGGGUCCCGUGAGAGAGCACCUGUGCCACGGCCAGGAAUACGGAAGCCCGAGGGCCGCCGGUGCGUCGCCAGUACCACUGAAGGGCGCGGUACGCAAGGCUGGCCCCAGUUUAAGCGGAACUCGAGAGCGCCAGCGGCCGGAGCACCUGCCGGCGACUCGUCCCCUCCCCGGCGAGGCGUGUUUACGGCUGUCAGCGCACGGGCCGGCGUGCUAAGUAGCGGCAGCGGCCGAGCCGCAGCGCACCGCCGCGUCGUUUAUAUUUACCGCGCCGCUGCCUGCCAGGGGCACACGGACCACGCCUCGUCGCGUUGGUCGCCAGUCUCCAGGGACGCGGCUCUCUACACGUACCGCUCGUAUCGUGCCGUCUCCGCGCUCGUCUUCAGCCGUAAGAGCCACAGUCGUGGUGUGUCGCUGGCAGGUCGUGGUGUGUCGCUGGCAGGUCGUGGUGUGUCGCUGGCAGGUCGUGGUGUGUCGCUGGCAGGUCGUGGGGUGUCGCUGGCAGGUCGUGGGGUGUCGCUGGCAGGUCGUGGUGUGUCGCUGGCAGGUCGUGGUGUGUCGCUGGCAGGUCGUGGUGUGUCGCUGGCAGGUCGUGGUGUGUCGCUGGCAGGUCGUGGUGUGUCGCUGGCAGGUCGUGGUGUGUCGCUGGCAGGUCGUGGUGUGUCGCUGGCAGGUCGUGGUGUGUCGCUGGCAGGUCGUGGUGUGUCGCUGGCAGGUCGUGGUGUGUCGCUGGCAGGUCGUGGUGUGUCGCUGGCAGGUCGUGGUGUGUCGCUGGCAGGUCGUGGUGUCUCGCUGGCAGGUCGUGGUGUCUCGCUGGCAGGUCGUGGUGUCUCGCCGGCAGGUCGUGGUGUCUCGCCGGCAGGUCGUGGUGUCUCGCCGGCAGGUCGUGGUGUCUCGCCGGCAGGUCGUGAUGUCUCGCCGGCAGGUCGUGGUGUCUCGCCGGCAGGUCGUGGUGUCUCGCCGGCAGGUCGUGGUGUCUCGCCGGCAGGUCGUGGUGUCUCGCCGGCAGGUCGUGGUGUCUCGCCGGCAGGUCGUGGUGUCUCGCCGGCAGGUCGUGGUGUCUCGCCGGCAGGUCGUGGUGUCUCGCCGGCAGGUCGUGGUGUCUCGCCGGCAGGUCGUGGUGUCUCGCCGGCAGGUCGUGGUGUCUCGCCGGCAGGUCGUGGUGUCUCGCCGGCAGGUCGUGGUGUCUCGCCGGCAGGUCGUGGUGUGUCGCCGGCAGGUCGUGGUGUCUCGCCGGCAGGUCGUGGUGUCUCGCCGGCAGGUCGUGGUGUCUCGCCGGCAGGUCGUGGUGUGUCGCCGGCAGGUCGUGGUGUGUCGCCGGCAGGUCGUGGUGUGUCGCCGGCAGGUCGUGGUGUGUCGCCGGCAGGUCGUGUUGCUUGUAGAGGUAUUAAGUGUGAAGACAGUUCUGAUACACUGUUCCAUCUCUGCACAACUACUAGGACCUACAACUAUUUUAACCUGCUUAUUGGUGUUAAAUCUUGA